CUCACGUGCUUCUUGCCUAAAACGGAACUGUGUCGUUUUAGAUCUAGUUCUAGUGUUAGAACACUUGAGGAAAACUUGGGAACAAAGAUCACUAGAUUCGUGUCUUCUUGUUGUACAAGCCUAUGAUAGAACCUGAUUCUAGACUUAUAGUGGGUUCUUGCUCAUUUACGUUCUCUGCAAUUCUCUGUUUCUUGUUCUGUUUUCAAGUCCUCUUCAAAGUUCUUUACAAACGAGUGCUAAUCGAAAAGAGAUAAACAUGGUAUCGUCUCGGGCCGUUGUGAUGGCCAUUAUGGUAUUGGUCACAGUGCAGUGGUUGGUUUUUGCUGAAGGUUAUCCGGAAGAAGACUUGGUGGCCAGGCUACCUGGUCAACCAAACGUCGGGUUCAGACAAUUUGCUGGAUAUGUCGAUGUGGACUCGGAAAAUGGUCGUAGUCUUUUUUACUACUACGUGGAGGCUGUAAAAGAACCUGACACUAAGCCCUUAACCCUUUGGCUCAAUGGAGGUCCAGGUUGUUCUUCAGUUGGUGGAGGAGCUUUCACUGAGUUAGGUCCAUUUUAUCCUACGGGCGAUGGCCGUGGCCUUCGCUUGAACUCCAUGUCUUGGAACAAAGCUUCGAACUUGUUAUUUGUGGAGUCACCAGCCGGAGUAGGAUGGUCAUACUCUAACAGAAGUUCGGAUUACAACACUGGGGACAAGUCUACUGUCAAUGAUAUGCUUGUGUUCUUGUUGAGAUGGUUCAACAAGUUCCCAGAGUUGAAGUCUCGCGACCUCUUUCUCACUGGCGAAAGCUACGCAGGGCAUUACAUACCUCAACUGGCUGAUGUGAUACUCAGCUACAAUUCACGCUCAAGUGGGUUCAAAUUUAACGUCAAAGGCAUUGCAAUUGGGAAUCCACUUCUGAAGCUUGACAGGGACUUUGCAGCUGCAUACGAGUACUUCUGGUCACAUGGGAUGAUCUCUGAUGAAGUAAGACUCACAAUCAUGAACCAAUGUGACUUUGCCAAUCCAAAGAACAUGAGCAAUGCUUGUAUAUAUGCAAUCGUUGAAUCCAGCGUCCUCACUGAGUAUAUCAACAGCUAUCACAUUCUCCUCGAUGUAUGUUACCCUUCUAUUGUUCAGCAAGAGCUAAGGCUCAAGAAAAUGGUUACCAAGAUUAGCAUGGUAGUUGAUGUUUGUAUAACAUAUGAAAGAAGUUUCUAUUUCAAUCUCCCCAAGGUACAGAAUGCGCUUCACGCUAACCGCACUCGCCUACCUUAUGAAUGGACUAUGUGCAGCAACCGGUUAAACUACAGUGGCAUAGACGGGUACAUUGACAUGCUUCCGAGUCUUAAGAGAAUUAUUCAGAACCAAACUCCUGUUUGGAUCUUCAGUGGAGAUCAAGAUUCUGUAAUUCCACUUCAAAGUUCAAGAACACUCGUACGAGAACUUGCUGAGGAUCUCAACUUCAAGACCACUAUUCCCUAUGGAGCUUGGUUCCACAAAGAACAGGUUGGUGGCUGGGUCACAGAGUAUGGGAAUCUACUGACCUUUGCAACGGUGAGAGGAGCGGCUCAUAUGGUGCCGUAUGCGGAGCCCUCACGAGCUCUGCACAUGUUCAGUAGCUUUAUGAAUGGCCGGAGAUUGCCCAACAAACCAGAUUUAAAGUCUUCUACUGAUGAUUGAAAGAGAAGAUAUCUCUUUGAGUAAGUUGAGAUAGAAACAUAUUAGGGUUUGUGUAAUAAUGAACCGUGAACCCCACGGAACUAUUUUUAUAUACUGCCAAACAUUGCGAUGAGAAUAUAGUAUUUCUCAUAGAUUAUUAGAGUGUGAUUGUAUCAAUAUUAUUUGUUACUUAUAUGAUUUCGAUAAAUGAUGAAUCUUAUCAUUUUCGUUUGGACGUUUCAUACGCUUAUUACAUAUUAGACAUAGCUAUC